AGGAAGUUCCUUUGACACUGUCACUUCCAACAGUUAUCCUUAGUGAUGCUUUUGUUUGCGUGGGCACUGAGGGAAAAACCUUAAAACAAACAUGUACUCAGUGGUAGCCGAGUCAUGUAUUGAUAUGCUAUAUAGGUGCAGAAACGUUGUUCAUAUCAAACAAGUUCAUGCCCACAUGAUAGCCAAUGGAAAAUUGCAAGAUCUCGUUUUUGCAAACAAGCUCCUUUACACCUAUGUCCAACACAAGGCCAUGGAUGAUGCUUACUACCUGUUUGAUGGAAUGACAAUGAGAGACCCCACUACUUGGAGUCUCAUGGUUGGUGGGUUUGCCAAGAUUGGUGACUAUGGCAAUUGCUAUGCAACCUUCAGGGAGGUUCUGAGGUGUGGUGUUUCACCUGAUAACUACACUUUGCCUUUUGUGAUUAGAACUUGCAGGGACCGAAAGGACCUUCGAACGGGCCAAGCGAUCCAUGGCGCGGUCUUGAAAUAUGGCUUGCAAAUGGAUCAUUUUGUUUGUGCCUCCCUUGUUGACAUGUAUGCCAAGUGUAUGUUGAUUGAGGAUGCUCAACGGCUGUUUGAUGGAAUGCCCAGUAAGGACCUUGUGACUUGGACAGUGAUGAUUGGUGCUUAUGCUGAUUGCAAUGCGUACGAGUCACUGGUCUUGUUCGAUCGAAUGAGGGAAGAAGGUCUUGUUCCUGACAAGGUUGCUAUGGUGACCGUUGUCAAUGCAUGUGCCAAGUUGGGGGCUAUGCACAGAGCAAGGUCUGUUAAUGAAUAUAUUGUUAGAAAUAGUUUCCCUUUGGAUGUGUUCUUGGGGACUGCAAUGAUUGACAUGUAUGCCAAGUGUGGGAGUGUUGAGUGUGCUAGAGAGGUUUUUGAUAGGAUGAAAGAAAAAAAUGUCAUUUCAUGGAGUGCUAUGAUUGCUGCUUAUGGAUAUCACGGGAAAGGGAAGGAAGCCAUUGAUUUAUUUAACAUGAUGUUGAGCUGUUCAAUAUUUCCAAACAGGGUUACCUUUGUCUCCCUCUUAUAUGCUUGUAGUCACUCAGGGCUGAUCGAAGAGGGUCUUCGCUUCUUCAAUUCGAUGUGGGAAGAACAUGCUGUUAGACCGGAUGUCAAACAUUAUACCUGCAUGGUUGAUCUUCUUGGACGCGCUGGGAGGUUAGAUGAGGCUGUUAAAUUGAUUGAGGCCAUGGCAGUUGAGAAAGACGAGAGACUGUGGAGUGCUUUGAUUGGGGCAUGUAGAAUUCAUGGGAACAUGGAGUUGGCAGAAGAGGCAGCUAAUUCUCUACUUGAACUGCAGCCACAAAACCCAGGGCACUAUGUGUUACUAUCUAAUAUUUAUGCAAAAGCUGGUAAGUGGGAAAAAGUUGCAAAAUUUAGGGAUAUGAUGACUCGAAGGAAACUGAAGAAAGUUCCUGGAUGGACGUGGAUCGAAGUGGAUAAUGAAACGUACCAGUUCAGCGUCGGAGACAGAUCUCAUCCUCGAUCAAAGGAGAUCUAUGAAAUGCUGAUGAGUCUAAUCAAGAAGCUGGAGGUGGCUGGUUAUGUACCUGAUACAGAUUUUGUGUUGCAUGAUGUUGAGGAGGAAGUUAAGCAAGAAAUGUUGUACACACAUAGUGAAAAGUUGGCUAUUGCAUUUGGCUUAAUUGCCAUCCCUGAGGGUGAUCCCAUAAGGAUCUCCAAAAAUCUGAGGGUCUGUGGUGAUUGUCACACAUUUAGUAAGAUGGUUUCAGCUGUUAUGAGAAGGUCCAUAAUUGUUCGGGACGCGAAUCGUUUUCACCAUUUCAAUGAAGGGACUUGUUCGUGUGGGGACUAUUGGUAGCUUGACGAUUAUACCAGUCAUUUUUGUGUGUCUACCAAAAUGUAAUACUUAACAAGUACGAAAAUGCAUGAUAAUUUUGAAAUGUAACUGUAUACUACAACAGAGGGGUACUUGGUAAGUUUGGAGAGUCCUUAGGCCUUCUGCAUCUAUGAGUUGAUUUUUGAGCAAUUAAAGCUCAUAAAUUAAUAUACAACAUUUGAUAAUGUUAAUGUUACUCUAGAUAGCUUCUGUUUGUAAUUACUUUGAGAUGCUAUUGAAAUCAAAUUAUGUAAUUGUCAA